UCAGUGCUGGAGCAUAAUAUAUGACAGGGAAUGUACUCUAGGAGCUCCAAGCCCUGUAUUGUUCUCUCCUGAGCCAGAUCCCCAGUAGCAGCAUGCCCCGGUGCUCUGGAUGGGAGGUCGCUCUCAACUUGCGCUAAGGCCAGUUUAUUAUCACACCGGAAAGCGAAGCGCGGUCGGAGAUCAAGGAGGGACAAGGGGCAAAACUACUUAGACUUAGAUCAUGUCGAUGUUAAACGGACGAUUCGUGUGAGUAAAAAGGACGCGUGCCGACAGCCAGGCGAGGUGGGUCUGUUACCCAACUGGAGAUCAAUGGAAGCGGGGAUAACAUAUGGAUACAGUCUAUGUCUACAGGAACGGGCUGUUGAUGUAUGAUGGCAGGUCGGGCAUGCACGCUGUGCCGACUGAAACAGACUGCUUUCGCCCCGAUCAAACUUCAGCGGAAUCAGACGUGGGACGAUUAGCGCGCAUUUAGGAGCUGAUAAUGAACUGAAUCACUGUCGCUUGCAGCGGCGCGCCUGGAGAUGUCAGCAGGUUUAUUAUGGGAAACUGCGCUGUAGCAUUCACUGGACUUUUACUGGAUUUAAAGGGUUAUCCAAAUCGCUUCAUUUGGGUGAAGGUCAUCCCCUAAUACGGAUCCGGAUAUCCUUCUGUUCGGAGUGUUGUGAGACCACAGAUGGACGCCCUGUGUAAUGGAGCCAAGAAACCUGAGGGCAGUGAUCUCGUUGUAGACCCCCGGCCCCCUCCUGCCAAGCUGGCUCGACUAGAACAAAACGGAGCGGGACCUUCAGCUCAGGAGAGGAGCAGGCAGGGGAGUCCUGUGGCCAAAAACCCCUGCCUGGUCCAGAAACCCACCACAGUAAAGCCACAGAGCAAGAGCUGGCACAGCAGAGGGAGCCUGCUGCCGGUGUUCUGCGUGGUGGAGCACAAGGAAAGCCCUCUAGAAAGAGAGAGGAGAGAAGAACAUGCAGAGUUUGUGUUGGUCAAGAGAGAUCUGCUGUUUAACCAGCUGAUAGAGAUGGCCCUGCUGACACUGGGCUACUCACACAGCUCUGCUGCACAGGCAAAAGGUCUGAUCCAGGUGGGCCGGUGGAACCCGGUGCCUCUAUCCUGUGUAACAGAUGCUCCGGAUGCCACAGUGGCUGAUAUGCUGCAGGAUGUUCACCAUGUUAUCACCCUUAAAAUACAGCUGCACAGCUGUCCAAAAUUGGAGGAUUUGCCAGCCGAGCAGUGGAGUCACUCCACAGUGAGAAACGCUCUGAAGGAGCUCCUCAAGGACAUGAACCAGAGCACCCUAGCCAAGGAGUGCCCACUCUCCCAGAGUAUGAUAUCAUCUAUUGUAAAUAGCACUUACUAUGCAAAUGUCUCAGCUGCCAAGUGUCACGAGUUUGGUCGAUGGUACAAGCACUUCAAGAAGACCAAAUGCUUCAAGGAGAUUGACAGCUUUUCUGACCAGUCCACACAUAUCACCCUCAGCCAGCAGCCAAUCACAAGUAGCCCAGCUGACCAGAGCUCCACACUUCUUUUUUCUCGUGGAGAAGUAGCCAAUAUAUGUGGUCGUUCCCCGCUCGGCCUGCGCCCCCAUGGGUUGGUAAGCCAACCUCUCAGCUCCCAAAUGGUCAACCAGCAGCUGGUGAUGGCCCAGUUUCUCAACCAGCAGUAUGCUGUUAGCCGUAUGCUGGCUGGCCAGGGUCUCUCAUCGUCCCCACAGCAGUAUCUCAACCAUCCCCCCGUAGGGAGGGCUCCUGCCAAGGUCUUCUCUAAACCCCCUGAUACCCAAGCCCCGCAGCAGGCACACUGUGGCCCAGGGGGAGGACCUGCGGCUGGGCCACAAAACCAGCCGUUGGUUGUGUCUUCUGUGGGGCCAACAGACGUGCCAAGUGACAUCUACCACUGUGUGAGGGAGGAACUGAAGAGAGCAGGCAUCUCCCAAGCCAUCUUUGCCCGGGUGGCAUUUAACCGGACCCAGGGACUGCUGUCAGAGAUUCUGCGUAAGGAGGAGGACCCUAUACACGCCUCCCAGUCUCUGCUGGUCAACCUCCGGGCCAUGUACAGCUUCCUGCAGCUCCCCGAAGCGGAGAGGGAGCGCAUCUACCAGGAGGAGAAAGACAGAAGCCUGACAGGAUUCACCCCCAGCUGCAAUAACACGCCACCAAGACCCACACAGGCAAGACUGUCCCCAGUUACAAGUGACAGAGGGUUGAGGACAGACAGUUGUGUUCUCAAUGUGAGCGCUUCGAUCUACGAGGAGAUUCAGCAUGAGAUGAAGAGAGCCAAGGUGUCUCAGGCUCUGUUUGCAAAGGUGGCUGCCUCCAAGAGUCAGGGCUGGCUAUGUGAGCUGUUGCGUUGGAAGGAGGAUCCCAGCCCAGAGAACCGGACCCUGUGGGAGAAUCUGUGCAUGAUCCGCCGGUUCCUCAGCCUGUCCCAGACUGAACGAGAUGCCAUCUAUGAACAGGAGAGCAGCAACACGACGGCACAGCAGCACUGCACUGACAGGCUUACAUUGAUCAGCAAUGACAAUACACUGUACCAACGCAACUCUCCGCUGCCACAGCAACACCAUCUUCAACCCCAUCAACCCCUGCAGCCUGAGGCAGGGCCUCACCUGUCUCCACGGCAACCAUGUGCUGCAUCACCGGCCGAAUCUGAGGCUGGGGGUAACUGGGGGCACAUGAGAGUACGUCUGCUGGGCAGGGGCAUCAGUAAUGGUGAGAGAGGGGACAGUAAAGACUGGGUUGAGGGGGGACGGGGAGAGAAGAGCAGUUUGGGAGGGGACUGGGGGUGUGGUGGUAGGGUGAGGGACAAGGAUACAGAGAGCAAGGAGCAGGUGAGGGAUGGAAAUGUGGGUGAGGAAGGGAUUGAUGAGGUCAUUGGAGACAGCAAAGACGGCAGGGUUAAGGAGAAGCUUGCUAUCAACUGGCCCGGCGUGAGGGAUGAGGACCGAGGUAGGGCUGGGGUUUCUUUAGAGGCAGAUAACGAGGUCCAAGGUGGAGUUGGGGUCCAAAGCGAGGAGUUAAGAGUGUCCCAUGAAGCACUGGGAAUCCUGCAGAGCUUCAUUCGGGAUGUGGGCCUCAACCCAGACGAGGAAGCGGUCCACACCCUGUCGGCUCAGCUGGGCCUGCCCAAACACACCAUCCGAAGAUUCUUCAACAGCCAGGACCACAACCAGCAUCAGCACAACAGCCAGAGCCCAAAACACAGCCGAGACAAGCAGCAUGGCUGCACAGAGGCAAACCUCUCCCAGACAGACAUAACUGUGGAGGAACAGGAGGAGGAUGGUGAUGGAAAGACUGAAACAGAAGAACAUGAGGAGAAGCAAACAGGAAAUGAAGCAUGUAAGAUAACUGUUUUGAAAGAAUCUGAUGCUGGCACUCAAACCAUUCUCCUUAUGAAGGAGGAGCAUGAGCAUGAGAACAUCUAACCCAAAUACAUGGGUGUGUGUCCUUAAAUGCUGUGAAAAGACUAAAAGCUGACUUACUGUACAUGUUUAUACCACAUCUUAUAAGGACGCUGGUGUUCAAAACCAGACACACCUACAUCAUACUUAGAAAGCUGUGCUGUGAUUUGAGGAUCCCUACUCUGAGAAUAACAGUGGCUAUAUGUGAAGAUAAUGUUAUAACACAUUGUUUCUGUGUUAGUGUAUAUGUCUGGAUGAAUGGGACCCCAAUACAAAGAGCCUCAGAUUACAUAUCACUGAUAAAAAAAAGUGUAAUUGUAGUUGGUUGUUUUAUCAAAAGUUCAAGAAAUGUUCACGCCAGAAAUGCCUUGUGGAAAGUGGCACUGCCAAACAGUUUUUUUUUUAAAGAUCAAUAUCUCCAUUGUUUUUGUUUUUACUGUGUUUUGCAUCAAUCUUUAAUAAGUUUCUUCUGUUUUAUCUUACGCUUUUCUUGUUCAAGUUUGUCUUUCACAAUGUAUUAAAUAUCAAGUUUCCUGAUGCUGUUUUAAAUAAUAUAAUGAAUAUGCUGAAUUAGUGAAUAAUACAAAGCAUUUGGAAUUAACCCUUUCAUAAAUGACAGGGUACUGUCUGCAUUUUUUACUACAGUGCUUCAUAAAUCAAUAGAUAAAACAAUGGAUCAACCAAUCUGAUCAAUAUGAGAUAUAUUUAAAGAGUCAAUUUCUGUUCCUAUUUCUCACCUUUAUUGACCAUGUUUUGUUGAGAUCUAAAUCAGAGUUUACAUAUAGUAUUUGAUGCAUGAAUCUAUAAAUCUCCCAAAAUAGCUAUGUUACGUUGAGUGUCAUGUUUAGACAUCUUGUGGUUGUCAUAUUGUACUGUUUUAUCAUUGUACAUACUGUAGCAGAGACAGACACAACAAUGAUGAAGCAUUAUAACGUGAAAGUUCACUCAGACACUCAUUUUACAGUAUGUUUACAUGGAGCCUGUAUGGAGUGCACAAUGUUUAAUGUUUCUAAAGAUGGCAGACUAGAAAUAUGACACUGAAGAGGUGCAGUGUGUAUAUUAAAUGUUAACAUUAAAAGAUGGCACUUUCAUUUGUAAAAGAAAUGUAGGCUCAUUUAUAGUUGUACUGUAUGUGCAUUACUUCAAUCUGUUGUGAGUCUCUGAUCUUCUGUUUUUCUCAUAACCAAUCUGAGUGAGAUUAAUAAAAACCAGAAGC